AUGACCGCGUCUGUGGGCAAAGACGUGCAGGCCGAGCUCCUCAGGGGCCGGAGGCACAAGCGCAGGGCGGGUGAGGUCCCAUAUCCCCUGGUAUACACCAGUGACCUCAUGGAUUUCGACAACUGGAACCACAUGUACAUGCAGAGUAUAUUUAAGAGUCUCACUGUACAUCACAUCGAGCAGCCGCCACGGCGAGUGCUGGACCUAGGAUGUGGCGGAGGGUUCUGGGUGAUAAAUGCGGCGCAGCAGUGGGAGGAGUCUACCUUCGUCGGAUUUGAUAUCCAAGAAGUUCAGCCAAAUCUCGAACGUCUACCCGAGUACGAGGAUAUUUGCCGACGCGUCGAGUGGGUACAUGGCAAUUUCCUGGAGAGACUGCCGUUUCCUUCCGCCCACUUUGACUUCGUUAGGAUGGCGUCAAUCGGCCUUGGAGUCCCAGAGGACGAGUGGCAAGAUCUGCUGGAGGAAAUUUACCGGAUCCUGAAGCCUGGGGCUUACCUUGAGGUCGUAGAAGAUGACCUGAUAUUUCCCUGCGGUCCCCUUCCCACGUCCGCGACGCCAUCACCAGCCCUCAGCUCCGUCAUCCUCCCGACCACCUAUGGUAUAUCCUCGCGCAGUUUCUCGACCGCUCGGUCAAGCACUCUAUACGACUCCGACACCCCUACUUCCGACCAGGCUCCCUCCCUCCCAAAGACUUUUCAAUCGGACUCCCAAAACUCGCUUGUCAUUCCAGGACGAACAUCAAAACCUAGAGACCAGCCGUACGUCAAUGACAAUAGAGACCAUUCAAAACUGAAGGCGGCGUGGGACGCCAUGCUGCACACUCGUUUCCUCGCUCCUCGCCUGCUCUCCGUGCUUCCCUUCUAUCUCUCAUCCCUGGAUUUCGUUGAUUUACAAACCCAUGCCGCUCUAAAUAUUCCCUUGCCGCCGAACAGUAUGCUUGUCGAUGGCGGUAGGAGAGCGGUCCCCGCCCCCGACACACGGAUUGACCUCGGUGACAUUCUCGAGCUCAAGGCUCGGCUUAAGCGACCUUCCGGAGAGGCCGGGGCUAAGCUCAAGGAGAGUCCAAACCACCGAUCCCUCUUGGUCCAGUCGUGCGCCCCCAUCCACCUGAUGCGGACUAUUCGUUUGAUCUCUGCAUGCAAGGAGGCUAUCUGGGACGAGUUUCAGCGCUUGUAUGGGGACGACCCUAAGGUACAUCCUCUCAAGGAGCGCCCAAGCCAGAACACCUGCCGAGACGAAUUCGAGGUCGCAUGGUACAAUUGGUACAACGACAUGAUGGAUCGUGCCAGUAUGCGCGACCACGUUCAGUCUUCCUUAAUGUGGCAGGAGCCCUUGCAGGACUUUGAGCGGCCCGAGUGGAAAGUAUGGAGGCAGGGUGUCGGGCCGAUUGACGACCUCGAAGAGCCCUCCAGCCCGGGAUCAGAACAAUCCACCUGUCGUAUUAUCAGAGCAUUCGUAGCUCGGAAACCCGCGGCGAAAGGAAAGAAUGGUAAGGACGACAAGGGAUGAUAUAGCUUUAGGAUGGGUUCGUCGCUCAAGCUACGGCAUUGGGGUGCACAUUUCUAGCUGGAUUGGAUCUAUACAGUAUUUAUCGUGCUUGCUUAUAUUGUCGUGUCUAUCAUUAUCAUACCCUAGAUACCUUGCAGUCGUGCGCUUGUUAUACAGAGCUUUGCUAGACCUUCAUAUACAAUACUGUCCGAAAG